AUGGAAAUCCAGGGGCUUUCUGAUGCCCAAAACAUUCACUCUCAACAUGGCGCCCUACACAGAACCGCUUCGUCUCCGCUUCGACCCUCCACAGGGUCGCUACCUCAUUUCGUUCCCAGCGAAAACGAAGCGGACGGCCGGCCGGAGCCGCACAGCGACAACAACAACAACAACACCAGGCCGAGGACGGCGCCGUUUCGCCUGCUGGCGGAACAUGGCAGCGGAGAGGAGGCUCGCUCGCCCGUCAGCAAACCGCAAACGACCGUUAAAACUCAUUCGGCCGCUACGACACCGGCGGUCGGACUUCAUAACGUGAGGACAGAAAACGAGCUGAACGCGCGGGAGUCGCCGAGGACAGCCAGGAAGUGCGAGGCGGAGAGCGGGGGGACGGUAAUGCAAAUGGCGCUGCCUCUGUUUGAAGGGGAAGAGGAACCGCAGCGGCAGCUAACGUUACCGUUUGCAGCUUUACGGCAGCAGCGUGAGGACGGCGCCUUCCAGCAGCAGCCUCCGGCCGGCCACUGCGCUGCUGCUGCUGCUGCUGCUGCUGCACCACCGGGGAGCCUGAACACACCGAUAGACAGCGAGGAUAAAACCACACGGGACCUGUAUUUGGCUCAAGAGGAUGGCGACGAGGGAGGCAAACCCCGACGGGAUGCUGUAUCCGAGGACGGCGCUAAAAUAACGGGUAAGCAGCCGGAGAGUCAUCGGGGCUCCAUGGAUGUCGGAAGCGGCAGCGACGUUGUUCUCCGCGAAGCCAACGACGACCUGAACUGUCUCGAUACACAAGCCUUGAAGAAAGCAGAGCAUGUUUUCGGUUUGCUGGGCGAUAAUCCCGCCGGCGGUGACGGUAAACCGGCUGUCUACCACCGAACAGUCGAAGACGUUGUUUUGACAAACAAAUAUGGCGAAAAGAUCUGCGGCCAGAUCUGCACCGAAAACAAUGACAGCAAGCUGGUCAGGGAGCUCUCGACCCGGAUCGACGAGACCCUGAUCUCGGGGACGGCGGGCAUCGUGGAAGCCAUGGAUACAUCGGGCUUUAUUUCAGAUGCGACGGGGCUGCAGGGCACCACGACCCCGGUCACGGCCUCCUCCAGUCCGCCCGCAAGUGAGAGCUUCUCCGGAACCAUCACGAUAAACAACCAAAGCAUCAUAGUGACCAUCGAGAACGGGAUCCUGACUCUGGCUGCCCCGCCGGAGGGAUACGUGCACAAGGAGGAUGACAUGGUGAGCUUAAGGGAGCACCUCGGCAUGAAGGACCAUGAGGAUAUUGUUCUUCUCAACUAUGACAGUGGCACCAAGUCCAUCGGGAAGAUCAGCACGUUGGCCCUGGCCAGCUCCAGCCAGCAGGAAGAGCCCCUGCCCGGCCUGUCUGUCAGUGACUCUGAGCUGGCUCUGGUGGAUGACUGCUCCUUGUCAGAGCUGGGCACCUCUCUGGACUCCUGUCCCAUUGUGAAGCAGGAGACGGGGGUGCUGUGUGCUGUGACCGAGGCCGAUCUGGUCACUCCGUCCCCCAAAGCCCCUGUGGCAGACUGUGACAAUGAGGACUUCCAAUCUGUCCCACUAAUCAGGUCCAAGAAAGAGACUGCGGCCUCCUUCGGCUGCCCAGAACCGGGCUGCUCCUGCACAUUUGACACUCGUCAGAAACUCAAGGUUCACCUCCUGAACCAUGCAGAGGACCCCCGGCCCUAUCAGUGCAACGUGGAGGGCUGCGGCUGGGCCUUUGCCACUUCUUACAAGCUGAAGCGGCAUCUUCAGUCCCACGACAAGCAGCGGCCGCACACCUGCCAGUUUGAAGGCUGUGGACGGCGUUUCACCACGGUCUACAACCUCAAGGCUCACGUCAAAGUCCACGAACAGGACAACGCUUUCAUCUGUGAGAUCUGCAGCGAGAGGUUUCGCAGUGCUACACGGCUCACCAAUCACCAGAGGGUCCACUUUGAGCCGCAGAGGCCCCACAAGUGUGAAUUUCCAGGCUGUGAGAAAACCUUCAUCACGUUCAGUGCCCUGUUCUCCCACAAUCGUACCCAUUUCAGAGAAACAGGCCACUUCACGUGUUCCUACCCCGGCUGUGACAAGACAUACGACAAGGCCUGUCGCCUCAAAAUCCAUAUGAGGAGUCACACUGGUGAGAGGCCAUUUGUGUGUGAUUCAGAGGGCUGCGGAUGGUCUUUUACUAGCAUGUCAAAGUUGCUCCGACAUAAACGGAAACAUGAUGAUGACCGGCGUUUUGUCUGUACAGAGGAGGGAUGUGGAAAGUCCUUCACUCGCGCCGAGCACCUCAAGGGUCACAGCAUCACACAUCUGGGCACCAAGCCCUUUCAGUGCCAUGCAGAAGGCUGUAAUGCCAAGUUCUCAGCACGCAGCAGCUUGUACAUCCACUCCAAGAAGCAUAAGCAGGACGCCAGCACCCUGAGGACCCGCUGUCCUGUGGCCAACUGCUCCAAGCACUUCUCCUCCCGCAGUAGCCUUAAGAGCCACAUGCUCAAACACCACCACCUCAGUCCUGAUGUUCUGAACCAGAUGGAGACCACGCCCACCCUGACCCCCAGCAGCGAACUCAUCAGUUCCACCCCAACCACGGUUGCAGGGCCAGGUAUUGCCGGGGGCGACCAGCUGACUAACUUGGACCUCAGCUCUCUGUUCUCUGCUGUGCCUGGAGGCACUGCGCCCACUGCUGGCAUCGGAGUGGGAAUUCCCGUGGGCGGUGGAAGCUGUAACGGCACCUUCACGAUGGACCUCUCCCUGAUCAGCUCAGGCAUCCUCACCAUCGACCCCUCCUCAGUGGGCACCACGCUCGGUCCUGGAACUAGCACCACACUGGCCAAGGCUGUGGACCCUCUUAUCUUGGCUGCCAGUGCUGACAUGGGACCCCACCACGGUCUGGAGGGAACGGUGGGGGAUGUUCUACCCCCACAAGGUACCCUCAACCUGGAUGAUGUGCAGACGGUUACCCCGGAGGCGCUGGGAACCCUCACGGCUCUCACCAUGCAGGGUGCUGGAGCGUCUGUGGACCCCACUCUGCAGCACCCACUCAGCUCUUCCAGCACCCUGAGCGUGGAGUCGACAGCAUCCCUGGCUGUGGCUCCUGUUGCCGAGCUGCUGGCCUCACCCUCCAAAGUGGUGGAGGUGGGUGGCCAGGGGGGCGCGGGGCCUCUGCUGGGCUGUGUGGAGGUGCUGGGACCUCAGGAGGGAGGAAAAGUUCUCACCCAGUUCGUCUUCCCCAGUCACAGCAGCAGCUUUAGCCCACAGAAGGACACAGAACUCAACGCUGUGUCACCGAGCAGCUUCCUGGAGAGUGGAGGCUCUGCCAGGACCGACUACAGAGCCAUCCAGCUGGCCAAGAAGAAGAAACAAAGGGGCCCCUCAGCUUCAUCUGGCACUUCAGGUCCAAGCCAGAGAAAAACGAAAGGAGCAAAGGCUCCCGUGGCUCCGGCGCCACUGGCUCCCUCUGGUGCUCGUUACAGUGAUGGAGCUGCAGCAGCCAAUGGAGGCCUGACUCUCCGUGACCCCGUUACUGGGGCCCAGUAUGUCCAGAUUCAGCUGCUGCAGGACGACCCAGCGAGUGACGGUGACCUGGCCUUCCAGCUGAGCUCUCAGCCGUCCAGCUCCCACUCGCAGCUCACCGUCGACCUGCCUGUCAACAUUUUACAGGAACCUUCAGUGAUGACGGAGGACGACAACGGCUCUGAUAACUCCCAGUUCACAGGAAGUACAAUCAACCUCCAGGACUUGGAGUGAGCCCCAGAGAGCUGCUGGGUCAGAGGUCUGCUACGAUGACGGGCCUCACUGGCACCUCGUCACUGUCCACAGUUUACAUCAACAAACAUACCCCGAGAUGUUUGACUCCGUCAGACAGUUGCCUCGUCUUUGCCCGUGACUUUGAAGGCCUUUGGACAUGUGCUUGAUGUAGUCUGUGGAGGGGUGGACGUGAUUCCACACAUAAUGCACCUUGAGAGAAGGAGAUGAGGAUAUUUUGUUCAGAAGAAUAUUGUUUAUUUGUAAAGUCCAGUUUGUACCAAAAUCAAAGCUGAGAGCACUGUCCUGUCCGAGGCUCCCUGGUCCUCUGUGUCCUGUGGGUGUUACAGUACUGGUGUCUAUUCCACAGUGCCACAUUACCACUCAUGCACACACAGUGCGCUGUCUACGCUCCAGUUGCCUUACAGACGCCUCACGCUGUGCACGCCUCCACCGGCAGGUUAUCUGCUUUAUUUGCUGUUAUUUUGACUUGUUUUGCUAAGAUUUUAUUUUUCUACUGCAGCAGUAAGUCCAUGUUGAAAACAUGCCUGAUCAUAUGUUUGUAUACAGAGUGACACGAGUUACGACCUUCUUGUAAUAAUGUCAUCAGUUUAUUUAUUAUUUAGCUGCAAGUUUACAGAAUGGCAGAGCCAAAUACAGAUGAAUUAAAGAAUCAAAGCACAAUCAGA